AUGGCCGAGCAACACACCUACAAGUUCAACAUCAGCAUGAGCUGCGGCGGCUGCUCUGGCGCUGUCGACAGAGUCCUCAAGAAGCUCGAUGGCGUCGAAAGCUAUGAAGUCUCCCUCGAAAAGCAAGAGGCUGUCGUCAUCGCCAAGCCCGAACUCACGUAUGAGACCGUCCUCAAAACUAUUAAGAAGACGGGCAAGACAGUGAACAGCGGCGAGGCGGAUGGUGUCGGCAAGAGCAUCGAGGUUGCCGAGGCGUCGUAG